AUCAGGUGGGUUGCCGGCUGAAGCUUCGAAGCUUUGCUUCAAUACCGCCUAUCUAAACCCAUGCGCUUGAUACAGUUGCCGGCUCCGCUCCGUUUACGAAAGUCGACCUGCAACAAACAGACUUCCUCCCUGAUACCAAGCGCUGACGCGAUCGUUGUCCUGUAGUCUUCGACGACGAGAUCACAAAACAAAAGAGAUCACGAAGAUAUGUCCACCGUCCUGAACCGGAACUGAAUAGCCAGACAAUGAGCCUAUAGAAUCUGCGCUUUGGUACCCUGGAGCCACUGAGCGCUAGCGUCUAGGUACAUUCCUCGAUUCAGCUAAGAGCAUGACCUCCCCAAACCACACGAUGUCAUAGAUCCCACCAAACAGGAACGACUCGUGGAGACCGAAUUGCUGUUUUUCCAUGACAAUUUAGGUCUGGGAUGCCGCAUGGGAGACAGCGUCUCGCCUAGACACGCCUUAACAACGGAGCAAUCGCUGCGCCGGAAUGCCAAAGCUCCGGUCUUUUGCAAGCGUCAUGCUUUAUUUCCUAGGUUUGAGACUCUCGCGCUACGUUCAAAAGCUGUCUCGUAACCUUUUUUUUCUUUUCUCUUUCUCUGGCCUUCCUCUUUGUUGUUCCCUCGCCUCGUCUUGUAAAAUCUUAUCGUGUUGUUCUUCGCAUUGUAAUUUUUGCUUCAAGAGCUCAAAAUCAAGAUGAGCGUUCUCAAGCCUCUCAUAUCUCAAUUCAAUUCUCUUCGCUCAUACACCGGAUCGCUGGCAUGGCAUCCGCUCCUCCAAGUAUCACGAAGCACAUGCCUCUCCUUGCUACAAAGGAUUCAAAUAGGGUGUCUCGAGAUCGUAGACUUUGAUGGCCAAUCCUACAAUUGUGGCCCUAUGAGCUCUGCCUCCCCAUAUGCACAAUUAAGAGUGAACAAGGAAACAUUUUGGGUGAGGCUCUUGUUGUUCGCAGACAUGGGCUUCGCAGAGUCGUACAUGCUCUCUGAAAUAUCGUGCUCAGACUUGACCUCAUUUUUCAAGAUCUUCAUUCUAAACAAGGCUCACUUGUCCGGGUCAACACUCACGGCCUCACUGUCCAACUCUCUCUCUGCUUUCCUGCGGAAAACAAACACCCUAGCAAAUGCGCGUCUUCAUAUAUCAGCUCAUUACGACAUAAGUAACGCCAUGUUCGCAGCAUUUCUCUCAGAAGACAUGACGUACUCUUGCCCGAUAUGGCUGCCCGUGUCGGAUCCUAGGUCGGCAACAGAGUCGCUAGAGGCAGCACAAGAACGCAAACUUUCUCGUUUUAUUCGAAACACACGACUGAAAGCGGGUGACCGUGUCCUAGAGAUUGGCACGGGGUGGGGCAGCCUUGCGAUAAAGGCUGUAAAAGAGACGGGGUGUACAGUCACAAGUUUAACUCUCAGUGUAGAGCAAAAGGAACUAGCGGAGGAGCGGAUACGAAGCGCCGGGCUGGAAGAUAAGAUCACGGUGUUGCUGUGCGAUUAUCGGGCGCUCGAGGUACCCAAAGAAGGACCGUUUGACAAAAUAAUUUCUAUAGAGAUGCUAGAAGCUGUGGGCGCGGAGUUUUUGGAGACGUAUUUCGCGUGUGUAGAUCGCCUGUUAAAGAAGGAUGGUGGCAUUGCAUGUUUCCAGUGUAUAACUAUUCCCGAGUCGAGAUACGAUGCGUACGCUAGGUCAGAUGAUUUUAUCCGUCGUUAUAUUUUCCCAGGUGGUCACCUGCCCUCCAUAUCGCAACUUGUGCAAUCCAUAGCACGUGGGUCCAAAGGUACCUUGGUGGUAGAUGAUGUGGAAAACAUUGGAGCGCACUACGCUAAGACCCUUCGGCUGUGGAAGGAAAAGUUCCUACUUAAUUUCGAGUCGGAAAUCAAACCAGCCUUGCUGAGGGAACACGAAGAUAUGACGAAGGCUGAUGUGGAGGUUUUCAAAAGAAAAUGGGAGUACUACUUCACGUAUUGCGAGGCAGGGUUCGCAACGAAGACAUUAGGUGAUCACAUCAUCACUGUCAGCCGGGAGGGAGCGAUGGAAGCUAUACAAGACGUGCCGCUAUAAGCGUGUUCGCCACCUACAGAGCAUGACUCCCAACACUAAAGAGCAUCUACUAUCGACGGGGGAUAUGGCAGAUGAACGUGAUGACGAAAUUGCUCAAUCCCUUUUCUGCUGUACAUAUGUCAGAGAUCUAUCCUAGAACUUAGCGCUGUCGGAAUCCUUAAAGUGGCCUACGACCAGAGCCGCGCUACCAUCUAAUUUACUUCUG